UGGGCUGGAGUGACAGCAUCACAUGACUAAGGACACGCCCCAGCAGCUGUACGUCUGGUUGGAGGACUUUAGCAACAAUACGAGAUACGCCAGUUUCGAUGACCUCAAAAUAGGCUCCGAGCAUGAGGCGUAUGCCCUGCUAUUGCUCGGAAAGCAUCAGGAUGCGAUGCGCCUGAGCAGGGGCCAAAAGUUCACCACCUUCGAUCGAGACAACGAUGCAGAUGAGCUCAACAACUGCGCUGAGCUCCGGAAUGGCGCCUGGUGGUAUGACCAUUGCGACUACAGCAAUUUGAAUGGCUUUUAUACCGAGGCGGACUUGGAGUAUGGUUAUGCCAAUAAGGGCAUCUUUCAAAGACUUCAAAGAACCCUUUUGCUCAGUGUAUUCAGCUGA